AUGGCUUCGAAACCUCUGAAGAAAGUGGCCAAUCGUGCAUCUCUCACACGACAAUCCACCAGUGGUCCAUUAGACGCAGGGAUAGACCCUCUCAGCCAUUCUGUGCCAACCCAGGUUUCUUCUCCUCACUCCGAUUCAACCAUUGUGUCGCCCGCGACAUCUUCUCGUCAAUCACCUUUUCGGCCCACCAUCAAGUCUCUUCCACCUCCAUCUCCGUCCAAUUACAGGUUCAAUCCGGAGGAUCCAGUGCCGCAAACCAAAGAUCUGUCAUUCCUGCUCCAUCCAUCCUUCUAUCUUCCCAUAUCUCAGACAGAGGUCCCGCCUCAAUUUCGUACCGACCUGACGCCAAUAUCAGCUUCUGCAUCUCUUCCCGAGUUGCUCGCCGAGACUGACAGGCUCCUCUCAAGAGGGCAGUUUCUCGCCGCGGCUCAUACAGCGGCUGGAGCAUUGACCUCAACAGCGCUUGAUUCCACUGAUGUGAAGACUAUAGCUGAUCUGCUUUCCAUCCGAUAUUCGUGCUUAGAGCUGACUGGAAACACUCAAAUAGCUGCUCAGGAAUCAAAAGCACUCGAAGAUCUGAACUCGGACUUUUACUACGUCGUUUCCCCUCCACCAUCUUUCCGGGGGUCACAAUUAGAGACCACAGAUGAUCUCCCAAUCCAUAUCCUCCCUUUCCGCCUUCGACUGCAAGCAUCGCGUCUGCAGUCCAUAGGAUUCUCUGAUCCGCGACGCGGUGUUUCCGCUUUGUACGACCUAGGACUUGAAUGCCGCGAUCAUAUCUCUUCCUCACGGAUCACUACCAUUGAGAAACAGCUAUGGGUACAGCGCCUAAAGGAGCUCGGUAUUCGAGUGGCGAAUGCUCUAAUAGAGGUCAACGACCUAGAAUGCGCCAAGAGAACGUUGAAAGAUUUGCAAUCCUCUGGUGACGUGGACUGGAAGGUACGGAUGGGUUUGAUGCUACUAAAGGUUGGGGAUUUACCUGCCGCGAAGGAGCUGUUGGAUGACUCGUCUGAGACGGUGGCGAUGCUUAAACCACUUCUUGCGACUGCUGAGGGUCAAUUCGAGGGAGCGAUUCAAGGAUGGGAUGACCUCCGUACUCGGAAUCAGGAAAUGCACCUAGCGUCGAUCGUGCGACAGAACCUCGCUGUCAACUACCUUUACGCUGGCCACCUUAAUGCUGCUCGCCAUAUAAUGGAGAGUGCAGUCGAUCAAGGGGAGGGCCAUCGAAGCCUAACCUUCAACCUGGCUACGAUCUAUGAGCUUAGCUCUGAGAAAUCGCAAGAACUAAAGAAGGAUCUUGCGAACAAGGUGGCAUCACAAGAUCAUGCCAUGCUCAAGGGUCAUGGAAAGAUGAACGCCGACUUCAAGCUCUAA